AUGAUUGAGCAGGUGAAAGCGAGUGGUGCAACAUUGGCACUGUGCCAGUGGGGUUUUGAUGAUGAGGCUAAUCAUCUGUUGCUUGCUCAUAAUUUACCAGCAGUUCGCUGGGUUGGUGGACCGGAGAUAGAACUUAUUGCAAUUGCAACGGAUGCACGUAUAGUUCCUCGUUUUGCGGAGUUAAAACCAGAAAAAUUGGGACGAGCUGGCAAAGUACGCGAAAUGACGUUUGGCACUGCAAAGCUUCAAAAGCAGCAGCGCUGUGAUGAUGAUGAUGACUCUUGUGUGUUGCAGGAUCGUUUGCUGUGCAUCGAAGAUUGCCCGAACAAUCGUGCGGUGACGGUGUUUAUUCGGGGCGGCAAUAAAAUGAUGAUUGAGGAGUCGAAACGAUGUAUGCACGAUGCGCUCUGUGUGGUACGCAAUCUGAUCAAAGAUAAUCGAAUUGUUUAUGGUGGUGGUGCAGCGGAAAUUUGCUGCUCAAUUGCUGUUGCUGAAGAAGCAGAUCGAGUAAGUGCCAACAGCCCCAGCUUCAUUUUUUUUUGA